AUGGCCUCAGGAAAGACCCCCAAACCAGACCUGCUGAAGGCUGAGGAGCAGCAGCAAGCGAGCGCUGUCAACCGAGUGACCAGCUUGCCCUUGCUCAACUCUGCCUUCAACCUGGUCUCCUCUGCCUACAACUACACCAAGGAGUCCCACCCUUGCCUCAGUGGUGUCUGCAACGUGGCUGAGACGGUGGCAGCCGUGGCAGUGGGCAGCGUGGUUGGAGGGGCACAGCCCAUCCUGAACCAGCUGGAGCCACAGAUUGCACUUGUGAAUGACUAUGCCUGUAAAGGACUGGAUCAGCUGGAGGAGAACUUGCCCUUCCUUCAGCAGCCAGCAGACAAGGUGCUGUCGGACACCAAGCAGCUGGUUUCCACCAAGGUGACAUCUGCCAUGGACGCCGCCUGUGAGGCCAGAGAAGCCGUGGCUGAGAAGGUCACUGAGGCUGUGGAUCUCACCAAAAACAUGGUUGGGGACAGUGUCAAGCUGACCAGGUCAGUGGUCACCUCCACUGUUAACAGUGCUGUGGAGGCUGCCCAGGGAGCCAAGGAGCUGGUGACCACCAAGGUGACAGAGGCUGUGGAUGUCACCAAGCACCUGGUGGAGGACAGUGUGGACAGGACCAAGUCUGCUGUUGCUUCCACCAUUGUCAAUGCUGUGGAGGCUGCCCAGGGAGCCAAGGAGCUGGUGACCAGCAAGGUGACAGAGGCCGUGGAGGACACCAAGUCUGCAGUUGCUUCCACCAUCAGUGCAGCUGUAGGGGCUGCCCAAGGAGCCAAGGAUGUGGUGACCACCAAGGUGACAGAAGCUGUAGAUGUCACCAAGCACAUGGUGGAGGACAGUGUGGACAGGACCAAGUCUGCUGUGGCUUCCACCAUUGUCAACGCUGUGGAGGCUGCUCAAGGUGCCAAAGACCUUGUGACCAACAAGGUGACAGAAGCUGUGGAGGACACCAAGUCUGCAGUUGCUUCCACCAUCAGUGCAGCUGUAGGGGCUGCCCAGGGAGCCAAGGACAUGGUGACCACCAAGGUGACUGAGGCAGUGGAUGCCACUAAACAUGUGGUGGAGGACAGCGUGGACAGGACCAAGUCUGCAGUUGCUUCCACCAUUGUCAGUGCCGUGGAGGCUGCCCAGGGAGCCAAGGAGCUGGUGACAGACAAGGUGACCAAAGCAGUGGACCUCAGCAAGCACAUUGUAGAAGACAGCGUUGACAUGACCAAGUCUGCAGUUGCUUCCACGAUUGUCAACGCUGUGGAGGCUGCCCAGGGAGCCAAGGACCUGGUGGCCAGCAAGGUGACCGAGGCCGUGGAUGUCACCAAGCACAUGGUGGAGGACAGUGUGGACAGGACCAAGUCUGCUGUUGCUUCCACCAUCAGUGCAGCUGUAGGGGCUGCCCAAGGUGCCAAGGACCUGGUGACCCACAAGGUGACCGAGGCAGUGGACCUGACCAAAGGGGCUGUCCAAGACAGUGUUGAGAAGACCAAAUCCGUGGUCACCUCCACAGCCAAGGCAGUGAGCCAGGCAGUGGCUGGGGGUGUGGAAUCUGUCCUGGAGAUGUCAGAAGAUCUGGUGGAUCACUUCCUCCCGAUGACAGAGGAGGAACUAGGUAAACUGGCCACCACCGUGGAGGGGUCUGGGAUGGUUUCCGUGGAGGAGCAGAAGGAGCAGCGCAGUUACUUUGUGCGCCUGGGCUCCCUGUCCAGCAGAGCCCGGCUCAGAGCCUACCAGCACUCCCUGCACAAGCUGCAGUGCGUCCGCCAGAGCACCCAGGACACCCUCUCACGACUGCAGAUGGCAAUCAAACUGAUUGAGUCUGUGAAGCAGGGCUUUGGCCAGAAGCUGCUGGAAGGGCAGGAGAAGCUCCAUCAGCUGUGGGUGAACUGGUGCCUGACCCAACCCAAAGGAAACCAAGUUCAAACUGCCUGCCAGCCAGAGCAGGUAGAGUCCCACACUCUAACUAUGCUGAGGAUCAUCACCCAGCAGCUACAGCCUGUCUAUGAGAACCUGAAAACCAGCAUCCAAGGCCUCCCCAGCAACAUCCAAGAGGCUGUGUAUCAGGCCACUCGAAAUAUCCACAAGCUCCACAGCUCUUUUUCCAGUGCCAUGUCCUUCCAGGACCUCUCCAGCAUCACCCUGAUGCAGAGCCAGGACUGUGUGACAGAAGCCCGGAGGUCCCUCGAUGUCCUGUUCGAGUAUGUCACUCACAACAUCCCCCUGAACUGGCUCGUGGGGCCCUUCAGGGCCAUAGCUGAGGUGGCACAGGGCAGCAGAAAGCAGAAGAAGAGAGAGAUGGUGACUGAAAGAAAGUUACCCAUGUUGGAAAAGGCUCCACCAUCACAGGAGGCGACUGAGACACCCAGAGAGCCCAAGGGAACCAACAGGAUCCCAGGGGAAGCGUGGUAUGCAGUGCUGGAUAAGCUGAAGGAGGAGGUUCCCCAGGACAGAGAUAUCCCAGUUGCCAAGACGAGCCCUGGGCACAAAGAGCUUGUGUGGUACGAGAAGAGCGACCGGGACACCCCCGAGCCCCACACGGGAACGAACCUUUGCCAUAAGAUGAUUUUUCCAUCCCUGCUGCUUCACUCCAUGGUCUGGGCCAGCAGCUGCUGA